AUGUCGUGCAGUAGCGAUGAGCAAUCCGAUAAGGAGUGUCCGCUUUGUAUGGAACAACUCGAAAUCGAUGACUUAGAUUUCUACCCCUGUAAAUGUGAAUAUCAGGUUCGUAUGUGCUGUUUUCAGUUUAAAAAGCUUAUUAUCAACGGUUCUGUUGAUAGAGUUUGCGCUGUGAAGAUGUCGUGCAGUAGCGAUGAGCAAUCCGAUAAGGAGUGUCCGCUUUGUAUGGAACAACUCGAAAUCGAUGACUUAGAUUUCUACCCCUGUAAAUGUGAAUAUCAGGUUCGUAUGUGCUGUUUUCAGUUUAAAAAGCUGUGUUUUAUUAACGACUAA